ACGUCUUUGACGUUUCAGUAAAUCGACGUCAAGGCGUCGCUAACUUUGUAGCCAAAGCGUUUAAAUGUUGAAGUUAAAUAUGGCGUGUAUGAUGUUUAUCAUGUUGACGCAUACUGCAAACCUGAACUUUAUUCGCACGAGCUGACAAAAUGGCGUUUUUUAACCGAGACUGGUUUUACUCGCCCUCCGAUCCGUGGUGCAGAUUUAGGAGCGAAGCAAACACCAUAGUCAACAAUAUCAAUAUCAACUGCCAUACAGCACAAGAAAGAAAAUGCUUAGAUACCCCGAAUAACAAAACCGAUGAAUGUUCUGCUGAGAUAUUCAAACAAGACAGACAUGCGAGCGAGCAUCCUCUCAAAGACGUCAAUAAAAUAUCGAGAAAAUUAUUCCAUCGUGGCGAAAGCAUAAACGCUAAUGCAAGUGAUGAGAGGAAUAAUACUGUACACGAACUACCAAGUAGUCCAAAGUCACCUAAUUACGCUAAAUUUGAACAAUCGAAGGAAUCAAUGUCUUUCAACGAAAACGAGUAUUCGAUGGCCAACAUUACAGAAUUAUCUGACGAAGGGCUGUUUAGCGAUCUACUCUAUGAUGAAAAGGGGGGCGAUGAUAUAAUUAAAUCACCAGGUAUGAAAUGUGUCGUGGAAUUCGCGUUAGACUGUACAAUAGAAAAUUGCGAAUGUCACGAAAACUGGGACAGCAAAAAGAUGCUAAUACAACCAAUGGAUUUCAGUGGUGAUGUACUCAACACAGCUCGUGGACGUGUAGAAAAGCAAGUUUACAGAAAGAAAUCAUCAAACAAUUGGAAUCCGUGUUUCGUUUGCAUCGAUUCGCCAUGCUGUUGUCAGGACAAUGAAUGGGCCCCAUUCGUGCGAACUGGUAUGGUACGGAAAGAACAGACAAGCGUCAACGACGAAACGGAGAAUGCUACUACUAUCUCUAUUACUUCCACAGAUGAUAGCGAUGAAUACGACGAGGGCUCGAAUUUCAAUAAGAUACCGCACGCAGCACACGAUGCAUACGAGGUAGUCUCGUGGGACGCUGCUUCGAACAGAGAAUUUUCCCACUUCGUCAUGAAUUCUAAGUUGAAUAACGAGUACCGAAAUGGUGUGCAGGACUCGCCUCAACUUGAUCUGAGCGGACUGGAUGGCUACCACACGGCACCUUCAACGCCGUCGUAUGACUCAAACGAUUACAUAAUCAUCGAUCGAACUGAUAGCGAAGAUUCGACGAACACUAUACUGACCAACCAUUCAACCAAUGCUUCCUUAAAGGCAAUGAGCGAGUCAAGCCAAUGUCACGACUCGUGCAACAACCACGCCCUUUGCUUUCCGCUAGAAUCGUUCUCCGCGGAUAUGGCAAACAGUAUCAAUUCUAUUGACGAUGAUGGUACCGGACAUCGCGAUUCCCAGAACAACGCGUGCACAGCACUAGGGCGCCCAGAAGAAGCGACCCAAACGCUCCACAACCUGCAUACCUCCACCGUUCUCGCUCAAUCGCGCAUCCGGCUACCAAUGCCACCAUAUAUCGACGCGACCUCCAUACAGUACGAAGGGAACCCAAGCACCGGUGAAAUUCUCGUCGUAGGAAAAGGCAGCUUCGGUGUGGUCUAUAAGGCGCAAUUCUCGGACCCCGCGUUCUUUCAUUUGCCCAUCGUCGUAAAGGAGUUCGACGAAGAGUAUUCGAACUGCAAGGAAAUCAUCCAGGAAGCGCAGCGUCUGUUUUACCUUAAAGACACGCGCUAUGUGCCGAUUUGCUACGGGAUACUGACUUAUGGAGAGAACGACAAGCAGAAAUACGGCAUCGUGCAAGAGUACGUAGGGACUGGUUUGACGCUGGAGGAACUUCUAUGGGAGCAGUAUAAUAUGCCUUUCGAAUACUGGCUCAUAAUCGCUUACCAGUGCUGCGAAGGGCUAGCCAUGUUCCACGAGAAAGGCAUCCUCUUGAAUGACAUCAAAUCGAACAAUAUCCUUCUGGAAUUCAACGCGCGUUCCGUACGGAUACGCUACAUCGACUUUGGGCUUGCUACGGAUAUGACGGGGAAGAGGUACAAAAACACGAAAUCGCUCGAGAACUUUGUUUACCUCGCACCGGAAGUUCGGCGUUACGGUGAGAGCACAACUAUCGCCUCGGACAUAUUUUCCCUUGGCUACAUGCUGGAGCAAAUCAGAAGGACUUCCGGAGUGUUUGAGCUAACGGUCGUCUCGCGACUGUGCAUGGACAGGGAUCCGACAAUGCGACUUCCUGUUAGGGGCGCCAUGUCGCUAAUCAGCGAAACCAUGGAGAAGCUCGGAUACGCAGAAUAUAUCAUGUGAGCCGAUGCUAAUACAGUAAUUGUUACCUGGGUUAACUCUACAACGUUGUUGUUAAAAAAAAAUCUAGCCAUGGGCUUAUCAGCACGGUUGCAAUAAUAUAUUAUGAUGUAAUGAUGCACGUGUAUCAUUUAAAUACUCCUAUUUAAAUCAUAUACAUGUAUAUUCUGGUUAAGUUGGACUGCCAAUUAAAAAUCGAUGAUAGGCCCUAGUUGAAUCUGUAACAUAAUGGCUUUAGACUUUGUGAAUAAAGCACUAAUAAAUCAAUACAAGAUUAAAUAACUUUUAGAAAUUUAACAUGUUCUGCAUACAUUAUAAUGUAUUAAAAGCUGAAUAAACCCUUUGCAUAUUUAA